AUGUGGAUCUCGGGCACGAACCCACUCGUCAGCCUGCCCAACCUGCCGCGCGUGGGGAAGCUCCUCACGGACCCGGGGCUGUUCGUCGUCGUCUGCCAGGACAUCUUCAUGACGGGGACGGCCGCCAUCGCCGACGUGGUGCUCCCCGCGGCGCAAUGGGGCGAGAAUACGGGCUGCUUCACCAAUGUCGACCGCACCGUCCACCUCUCGCACAAAGCCGUGGAGCCCCCGGGGGAGGCGAGGUCGGACCUCGACAUCUUCCUCGACUACGGGCGCCGCAUGGACUUCAGGGACAAGGACGGCGACCUCCUCCUCCCGUACAAGACCCCGGAGGAGGUGUUCGGCGUCUGGCAGAGGCUGUCGCGCGGCCGCCCGUGCGACUACAGCGGCCUGUCGUACGAGAAGCUGACCGGAGGCUCCGCCAUCCAGUGGCCGUGCAACGAGGCCAACCCGCAGGGCGCCGAGCAGCGGUUCGGCGAUGCCCAGUUCUUCACCGACAUCAACGUCUGCGAGAGCUUCGGGCACGACCUGGAGACCGGGACCCCGUACUCCAAGGCCGAGUACGCGGCGCUGAACCCGGCGGGUCGCGCGAUCCUCAAGUCCUACCACUACGUUCCGUCCUUGGAGGAGCUGGACGAGGAGUACCCCUUGCGGCUCUCGACGGGCCGCAACAAGUUCCAGUUCCACACGAGAACGAAGACGGGCAGGUCCAAGAAGCUCCAGGACGCAUGCGGGAUGUCGGUCGGCCAGGUGUUUGUGCCGUUCCAUUUCGGCUACUGGGAUGCCAAAGAUGGAAAGUCGAGAGCGGCCAACGAGCUAACUGUCGAACGCUGGGAUCCCAUUUCCAAACAGCCAAUGUUCAAGUCUGGCGCCGUCCGCAUCGACAAAAUCGAAGAAUCCUAA